AGGACACUCUUUUGUACCCCCCCUGUACACCACCGUCCUACUCCGUGCUCAUUUUUUCUCCCCGGACCGAAGCUCGACUCUCACCUCAGCCACCCACUUUGCCUCGGCUGCAAUAUCGACGAAUUCCAACUAAGUAGCUCAUACCUGACACUGGCCUUGUCGCGAUCGCGUCUCGUUAUUCUCGCCGCCCUCCCUCGUCUCUCCCCCGCUUCACGCGCUCAGUCAUGCCUGCCAACUCUAUGAGGAAGAGAACGAUUGCCGUCCUCGGCUCCCGCUCUGUCGGCAAGUCUUCGCUCAUUGUGCAGUUCAUCGAGAACCACUUUGUCGAGUCCUAUUACCCUACCAUCGAGGCCACCUUCUCCAAAGCUGUCAAGUACAAUGGUGUCGAAUAUGACUGUGAUAUCGUUGAUACCGCUGGUCAGGAUGAGUUCUCACUAUUAAACUCGAAACAUGCUAUCGGUAUCCAUGGCUAUGUCCUCGUUUACUCGAUAACUUCCCGCUCCUCCUUUGAAAUGGUCAAGAUCGUGUAUGACAAGAUUGCAGACUUCUGUGGCAAGAAUGACAUCCCAUGCGUCAUCGUCGGUACCAAGACCGACCUUUCCUCAAGCAGACAGGUGCCCGCCGAUGAAGGCGAGGAAUUUGCCAAGCAAUCCAAAGCUGCCUGGGUCGAGACCAGCGCAAAGAAUAACGUCAAUGUUGGCAAGGUCUUCGAGCUGUGUCUUGCUGAGAUUGAACGUCGUGCGCCCGGUGGUGGUCAGCCGGAGAAACAACCCAAGGAGGGUGGUUGCAUUGUGAUGUAGAUGCACCGCUGGCUCCACCCAACAUCUCCCUCAACCGACCGUUCUCGAUACACGCCCACUUUUGCACUCCGCAAAGGUACACCGAAACCGAACCCAGAUCAUGAACACUUUUCCUUGAAUACGAAGACAUCGUGCGGCUAGCCCGCACGCUUUCUCUCAUAUGCGGUGCUUGCGCUGCACGUCAUUACCCCUCGGGACCAGCAUUAUACGUAUACGUGUAGUAUUUACCUCGCGCCGCCAUAUCCCUGUGACUCCCUGGUUCUUCCGCUAGGAACGAUCGUUCGCUCCCUGUUUUCUGCUCUCCAUCUUAGAAUUUUGCUUCGCGCUGUCCGUCUAAUUCCCUCCAUGCCCCCAUGCCCUCCACCUCCGUGUCUGCUGCCGUUUCUUUUCCUCUCUCUUAAUACAUAUCUGCAUCUGUACUGUGUAAGCUCUCGCCCUCCCCCCAUGCCGCGCCCAUUCCUGUACAAGCGCGCAUAUACGUAGC